AAAAAAUAACAGUUAGAAAACGGUUCCUCUUUGGGAUUUUGAUUCUAGCUGCAACUCAAGACAAAAGGCAAAAUCUUUUGCAAAUUUAUAAUAUUUUACCUAUUUUACCCUUCAACUGAAUGAUCCUAAACGAAAAAAAUGAGUCAUAGCAAUUUCAGUGACAGUGAGUUGCUAUCAUCAGACGAGGAAGAUAGUUCCUACAAGAGAACAACAAAACGGGACCAAAUUGAUAGCGAUGAAGUAAUACAGGAGUCGGGAGACGAGUCAUCAGAAACAGACCCAGAUUUAACAGAGGCACAUUUUUCCAGGAAGUCCAGAGAAGUCCGAGAAAGUGGUGUCUUUCCCAUCAAGCAAAAAAGAGCCAGGCCCUUGGCCUUGACGGAUUCAGAUUCUGAUGUAGAAGCCGAGGUAGAAGCUUCAACUGCUAACCUAACAUCUCUCAGGCAAAGUCGGAACACAACAGAUAGACACUCAAAUAUAUCAGAUUCGGAUACUGAUGUAGAAUCAGAUAAAGAUCAGACUAAUGUCAAUGAGGAAUCUGAGUCUAAUUCAGAUAACAAGGAGGAUUCAGAAGUUGCCGAGGAUUUCGAACAUGCAGAUGUUACACCAGAUAUAAGUGCAGCCCAGGAGUUAGAGGAAUCUGAGUCUAGUUCAGAAAACAAGGAGGAUUCGGAAGUUGCAGAGGAUUUCGAACAUGCAGAUGUUACACCAGAUAUAAGUGCAACCCAGGAGUUAGAGACAAGACCAAUCGGGUUAGAUUCUGAAAAAAGAGGACACGAUGACCCAUCAAUGAACUACAGACUUUUAUCCAACGCAACAAAAAAACGCAGUAGCAAUGAUAGAACUACAUUAGGGAUCCAAUCAAAUAGUGACUUAUUGAAUCUCUCCAGUAAAUUUAAAAAUAAUAGGAUGACUGAACAGUUCCAAUUUAAUACUGAAGGAAUUCUCAACAGUACUUGCAUCAACAAUGAAAUGGAAGAAUCUCCAGAAAAAACGAGCUUUGAAAUACUAGAAAAUGAUAGCGAUGAAAUUAUAGAGGUCAGCAGUCGGGAAAUAAGUCCACUGAAAGCAUCCCCCUUCAAGCGACUCAAACCGCCGGUUGUCCGUCAACAAACCCUCAACCAAUUUGUAGAACAAAGCCCACAACCUUUGCGAGCAAAACAGGAGUCAGAAGAUCCCCUUGUAUAUAUGGUGUCUAAUUCUAUAUACGAAAAUCAAUGGUCUAAAGUGGAUAAUUUGAACAUUGAAUAUGAAAAGCUACAAAAGAUAAUGGAGAGUUUGAAUGUUAAUUCUUUGCCAGAUAAGGGAGAGCUGAUAACAAGGAAAUUGAAUGACGCCAAACAGGAACUACUAGAGGAGAAUAAAAAAUUUAAGUCUAUGAAACGAUUACCGGAAUCUGAAAAUGACAAGAAAAACCCAAUUGUUGCACAGGCACCACUUCUUCCUUGGGCAGACUUACAAGCUGGCGCCAAUGCUGUUCAACCAAAAACUUUUGGAAAACAAGCUUUGUCAACUUAUAAUGCUCAAAAAGCUGUUACAAUGGACAGACUUCAACAACUGCAUGGAGCACUAGAGACUUGUCCUAAGGACGAUGAUUUUGCAGAAGAUCCAAGGGGAUUAAAAGUUGAUUUGAUGGCUCACCAACGGAGAGCAUUGGCCUGGUUAAUGUUUAGAGAAAAGGAAAAACCAUCAGGAGGAAUAUUAGCAGAUGAUAUGGGUCUAGGCAAAACAUUGACCAUGAUCUCUUUAAUAGUCAAAGUUUUAACAAUAGAAAACCAAGAUGAGGAUUCAGAUGAAGAGAAUAAACAGACAUUUAUGCGGAAAGGUUCCAAAGUUGAAGGAGGAAGUCUGAUAGUGUGCCCAGCAAGUUUAUUAAACCAAUGGUCUGGCGAAAUAGAUCGUCGAUUGAAACGCGGUUUGAUCUCGUACAACGUUUAUCACGGUCCUAAACGUGAAACCAUUCCUAAAAACCUGGCAAAAUAUGAUGUGGUGAUCACAACUUACGCGAUUGUAAACAACGAAUGUGACAAAAAUAGUACUUUGUUCCGAGUCAAAUGGAGAAGGAUAGUUUUGGACGAGGCCCAUCAAAUUAGGAAUUAUAAAGCUCAGACUUCAGAGGCUUGUUGUCGGUUAUCAGCCAAAUCAAGGUGGGCACUGACAGGAACUCCCAUGCACAAUAAAGAAUUGGAUAUGUAUGCUUACCUUAAAUUUUUGCGUUGUUCACCUUUCGAUGAUCUACAGGUAUGGAAACGUUGGGUAGCAGAUAAAUCCCAAGGCGGUAGUGAACGUCUACACACAGUAAUUUCUUCCUUGAUGCUGAGAAGAACCAAAGUUGAACUAAUGGAAAAAGGCACCUUAAAUUGCAUGCCCAAAAAAGAGUGGCAACUGAUUGAUGUUGAAUUGGACUCGCACGAAAUGCAAGUUUAUCACAAAAUUUUGAUUUUUUCACAAACUUUAUUUGCUCAGUUUUUGCACCAGAGGGCUGACAAGAAUCAGGAUAUUUAUUUGAAAGAAGAAGCAUUUACCAGUUUGCCAAGUAAUGAAGCCAACCAAGAAUAUUUCAAAAUGAGAAAAAAACUACUGAAACUCAAUAAAGUAAAAAAUGUUAGCCAACACGAAAUUUUAGUUUUGCUAUUGCGGCUGCGCCAAAUAUGUUGCCACCCAUCUUUAAUUACUUCUAUGCUUCAAGAAACUAACGAAGAUCUUGGUAAUGAUGAUGAAGAAUCUGCUGAUGAGCUAAAUAUUUUGGAACAACUGAAUAAUUUGAAAAUCGAGGAUGAAGAAGAAGAAAUGGAUGUAUACAAACCUGAGAAAGAAAAUGAUGGUGCAACAGCAAACAUUAAUACAUCUGUCAAAGUUAAUUUAAAGGAAGCUACCAGAGGGCAUUUAAAGCCUUCAGAUCCAGUUUUUGCUAAGGACAGACCUAGCAGCAAGAUCAAAGCAAUGUUAAAAGUAUUACAUGAAAAAGUAUUAGAGACUGAGGACAAAGCAAUAAUCGUAUCUCAAUGGUCGUCAUAUUUAAAUUUGUUGGCUGUACAUUUGAAAGAAUAUGGUGUAGAGUUUGAUCAACUCGAUGGUAAAGUGCCUGUUCCUAAACGUAUGGAUAUGGUUAAUCGAUUUAAUGAUCCUAAAAAUUCCAUGAAGAUCUUACUGUUAUCUCUCACUGCAGGAGGUGUCGGUCUUAACUUAGUAGGGGCAAAUCAUUUAUUUUUACUGGACUUACAUUGGAAUCCCCAGUUAGAAAAUCAAGCACAAGAUAGAAUCUACAGAGUCGGACAGCAAAAAGCUGUUUUUGUCUACAAAUUUAUUGCAAUUAAUACCAUCGAAGAAAGAAUUAAAGCAUUGCAAGACAAAAAACUGGCAUUGGCCGAAGGUAUUUUAACUGGUACAAGACAGGUGGUCCAGAACAAACUAUCUUUGGAAGAUCUCAAGAUGAUUUUUGGCAUGAAUGGCAUGUAGAUUUUUACCAAACUUUAUUUUGUUAAUUUUAUUUAUUUAGUUUAUUUUAUAUUUUUUUCAUUUUUCGAGAUGAGUUUUAAGUUUUACAAAAUAGAGAUCUCAACAUUAUUUUUUUUUUAAAAUAAAAUGACCACUUGAUAUAAGCGUAUGUAUUAUAGCCAGAGUUUCACAAAAAAGUAAUAUUUCCGCACUGAUGCAUAAUAAUUAUUAUAUUGAGUA